GUGCGGGACCACGCUCCAGUAGAGGAGCAACACGCGGGGAAACCCCUCCGCUCCAAGACCCAGGCUGCCAUCGCAACGGCCUCCUCGUCCGGUGGAGCAGGGAUCAAGCGCUCCAAGAGUAUGGGCUCGGCUGACGCGUUGGGCGGCCAGACCAAAGACCUCCCGGACUUCGCCAACUUCCCUCCCGAGGUGCAGGCCGCCAUUCACCGGGCUGUCGAAGACCCUAAUCAAGUGUCUGCGAGGACGUUGAUGCAGUUGGUGAAGCACAUAAUGGAUAGAGUGGUAGAAAGCCGAAGCUUUGCAGAACCAGCUGCAAAACUAUGCAUCACAAUUAUUGAAAAGGAGAAAAAUGAAACAUUUCUUGAGUCCCUCCUUAAUACAUGUCAACUAUGGUAUCAAAACAGAGAAAAGUAUCUCAAGGCCUCUAGCCCUUCUGCAGGAUCUAGUGGAUCACCUAGUAUGCGCUAUCCAGCUUUCAUGGCCUUCUUGAAUGAAAUGUAUUGUCAGUUGAAACGACGUCAGCUUCAACUGAAAACCCAAUACGAUGGAGUUGCACCUGGAUUACUUCUGCUGACCCUUCUAGCUAAGUGUUGUCAGGAAUGUCUCAAACCCCCAUCUGUGAACAGUUUGAAAGAGAUGGAGUGCUUGUUUUUUGUCUUAUCAUCAAUCGGAAAAGACUUAGAAACUGAGCUUCCAGCUCGAAUGAAUGCUGUUUUAGCGGGAGUACGUGAUGCCUUUUUAACAUCAGCCGCAAUACCUGCAAUACGAAAGACACUUCUUCAACUUAUAGAACUUCAUGCUGCUCAGUGGCAACUACCUGCUCCAGCAAUUAUGUAUUAUUAUCCAGCUACUAAUAAGUAAUAAGUAAUUACCUGGGUUAGCUCAUUGCAUCUUUUCUUUAUUUGAGGAGAAGGUCUCAGACCAUAAAGGUUUUACAGUCAUUGAGUUAGGAGAAGUGUAUUGCUGAGCAUGGUGAACAUGCUCAUGCUGUGCAGAGUAAUUCCUCCCAUCCCCAUCAUUUAGAUAUUCUCUCCUGCCCCUUGAUGGCCACUUUGAGUCAAGGGUUUUAUAGCGGAAGGGUGAUCUACAAAUUCUUAGAACUGAGAAGAGCUCUGUAAGAAAAUGGGAAAACAGAUUAGAAGCUGAAAAUGCAUGAAUCUAACAUCCCAGCAAACUAUUGGUUUGCAAUUUAAUAACUUUCAUCAACAGUUACAAUUAUAUUAUGAAGGUACCAAUAAUACAAUCAAAAACAAAAUAAUUAAAAAAAAAAACUUUGAUGAGAUGAUAAAAAAUACUCACAUAUACUUUUCUUGUGGCGAUACAUUGUUUUUUUGUUGUUGUUUUUUUUAAGUUACUAUUAUUGGCCCACAACUAAAACUAGAAGAGUGAGUAAAUUUUUGAUAAUUGAGAGAAGACUAGUCAAGCAAUUGAAAGUAAAGAGAUGAUAAUAUUAAUUGAAAUACUGUUGGCUGUGCAUUCUGCUUGACACAUAAAUGUAAAAAGGUACCUGGUGUCAAUCAAACUAAAAGUAGAUGGUUGUAGCAUGCUAUAAGGGAACUGCCCUCUUGUUGCAUUCUUACUAUUCUUAGGUAAAAUUUGAGUCUAGAUCUUACUUUCAUAUUUCCAAGAGCACAAUUUUCUUUCACACUGUUAUUUAUGUUUUUACUAAGUUAUUAACCAGUGAAAAAAAAGAUUGGACAACUGUAGAGUAUGAUAUUCUGUACAUUAAGGUGCACUGUGAACAUUGGGAAACAUUUUUGAGCAAAAACACGAGAAUGUUUUCAAACACAGGACCUAUUUUCCCACAGAAAGUUAAGUGCUGUACUCCUUAGAGAGUUCGUUGAAGUUGUCUGUUAAUGUGGUGUCAGCACUGCAAUUUUAAUCAUUCUGAGUUUGGUUGAUGUGUUACUACACAGUAGCAUAUUUUAUCCAUUUACUAACCCUCCGAGACUGCUAGUUUGCCAUAUGUACGUUUUAUAUUGUAUUGUGAUUUACUUCACUGAUGCUCUUGCUGUUGGUUCUUUUCUACUUUUGUAAGAAGUUGGUAUUAUUUUUGAGAAAUGGAUUGUACAGAAUAUUUUUUUGUAGAAAAUAUUACUCAGAACUAUUAAUUGCAAAAUUGAUCCCUUUUAAAAUUGUUUAAUUUUCCCCAUUACUUCAGGAACUUCUAAUAGGGUUAGACGUAGGCUUCUUUUCUUUAGUCACUAUAGAUAAUCAAUUGAAAGGGACCUAGAAAGUUCAUCCCCAUAACUUCUGUACUCCCUGCAACAGCAGAUAAGAACAUGUUAGGUAAGAAGAACAUGAAAUUGAGGCUUAUACCAAGUGUAAAUAAUUACAUGUAAGUCGUUUAUUUUUCCAACUGCCAAAGGACAGAACACUUCUUACCAUGUAGAUAUACAUCAAAUAAUAUUUUUGCAUUAUCUUGUUGAGUGUUUGCAAUAUAUUUGUACGGCCUUCAAGAAUAAAAGGAACAGUUGAGUGUCA